AUGGCGACUAGGCAUCGGGUCCCGGUCUCCGAGCAGCAGAGGGGUAUUGCUAUGGAAAUUUCGGCUUGUUCUACUGAUCUCUGAAAUCUCAUCGAUAAUCAGAAAACGUUUCCCGCUUCGAUCUUUCUUCCCCCGUCUGUCGAUGGGUGUUUUGAUUCCGUUUGAUCCCCUUUCUCUUUCUCUCUUCCUCACUGUCACUCCUGGAUCUUGUUUUGUUUGUAUCUUCGAAAUGUUCUUGCGCAGCGGUCCAUUGUUCCUCCUUAUUUUGGGUUUAUUCUGCGAUGAACAUUCCAGUCAUCGACUCCGCUCCGAUUCGCCUCGAUUUUAUGAUUCCUUUUUAGUGAUGCAGUCGUAAUGCUCUAGCUGACUUCUUCCGAUCGAAGGGCAGUCGGGUUUGGACGAACUGAAGAGUUUGCUGUGAAUCCACUCUAUUUUCUCUGAUUUGGGUAUUCGGUUCUUGUUUCGAAUAAUUUCUUGGAUUCCUCUUCUGAUGGGAGGACUCAUUCAGAUGGAAGGCUUCUUGGCGAUCUAUCAUCGUAGACUUCUGAGGAUCUAUUUUCUGGUUCUCACGUCCCUCAGGAUCAAUGGCUGCAGGGGUUGCAGGAGUCCCCACGGGCAAGCAGCAGAAAGCUCCCGCCGGGGCCAACCGGCGGGCUCUUGGGGAUAUCGGGAAUCUGGUCAACGGCGCCAAAGGUCGACCAGAGGAAGGGUAUGAUCCGUCUCUCGUCUCCAUCUUCCACCAGCUUUUGUUUCAGGGUUUCUCCAAUCCAACAAUAUAUAUCCUUCCUCGACGAGCAGGAAGCCGCAGCAACAGAUCUCCCGCCCCGUGACGAGGAGCUUCGGAGCCCUACUUCUCAAGAAUGCACAAGCAGCUGCCGAAGCCGCCGCUGCCGCCAAGGUUACCGCCGGCAUCAUCUUCUUUCCUUCCAUCGUCGUCUCCAUCUUGACGGCAUUGCUUACUGAUGAUCUCCUGCCCAUGACAGCAGAAUACACAGAAGCCUGUAAAACUGGACGCAGAAGGGGGAGGGAAGGUUCCACCGAAGCAGCCCAAAGUGAACGCCGCUGCGAGGCCGAAGAUUGAGAAGGCCCCACCCGAGACGAAUGCCGUCGAGAUCGUCCCAACAGUUACUGCAGCGGAGUCUUCUUUGGGGAAGAAAAGGUCCUCGAGGAAGAAGGUUCACACCUUCUCCUCGGUGCUCUCUGCACGAAGCAAGGUGAAGUUCGUUGUUUGAUCUCCAGCGUCCAACCCAGUAGCUUCGAUUCAUCGAUUUCCCCUGAUUCGUCUUCCUUCUCAGGUUGCGUGUGGAAUUGCCCUCAAGCCCGCUGAGACUGUUCCUGACAUUGAUGCUGCCGACGUCGGUGAUCAGUUGGCGGUGGCAGAUUACGUAGAGGACAUCUACAAAUUCUAUAAGCUCUCUGAGGUUUGAUCAGAUUUCCUCCCCCGUCCCUCCUUAGUCAUCGUCUUCAGCUGAUUUACCUUGUCUGUUGUUUCAGAGCUCCUUCCGACCUCGCGACUACAUGGGUUCUCAGAUCGAGAUAAACGCGAAGAUGAGGGCAAUCCUCGUCGACUGGCUGAUCGAAGUUCACUACAAGUUCGAACUCAUGCCGGAGACGCUGUACCUGACAGUCUACAUCAUCGAUCGGUACCUCUCACUCGAGUCGGUCCUCCGGAGGGAGCUGCAGCUCGUGGGCAUCACUGCCAUGCUCAUCGCCUGCAAAUACGAAGAGAUUUGGGCUCCAGAGGUAUUCAAAUCUCCAUCAGAGGAAUUAUCGGUUGAAGAGAGCUCUCAGCUCCUGACGCGUUUGUUUGAUUGUUGUGUGUUUCUUCUUAUUAGAUCAACGAUUUCAUCUGCAUAUCGGAUAAUGCGUAUGGUAGAGAGCAGAUUCUGGGCACGGAGAAGGCGAUUCUCGACAAGCUGGAGUGGAAUCUAACUGUUCCUACCCCUUACGUGUUUCUCGUGCGAUUCCUCAAGGCAGCGGCCAUGUCGGAGGUUCCAGAGGUGAAUCCUUCUCUCCAUCUGUUUUCUUCUUCCAUCUGAAUGAAUCCAUAUCCUAACUAAUCGGAUGAUGCCUUUCCCUCCCGACCCAGAUGGAGAACUUGACCUUCUUCUUCGCCGAGCUGGGUUUGAUGCAGUACUCGUCGACAAUCCCCUACUGUCCGUCGAUGGUGGCCGCCGCCGCGGUUUACGCAGCUCGGUGCACGAUCAAGAAAGCAACCCCAAUCUGGAGCGAGACGCUCAGGAGGCACGCCGGCUUCUCCGAAGCAGAGCUCCGAGAAUGCGCGCGGCUGCUGGUGGAGCUCCACUCGUCGGCCCCGGAGAGCAAGCUGAAGGCCGUGUACAAGAAAUACUCGAGCCCUCGGCUCGGCGAAGUCGCCCUCCACUCCCCUGCGAUGAAGCUACUCGAAGAAGUGCCCUCGUCAUCCUCGUCCUCAGCAAUCUGA